AUGUCUUCAAGCAUCAAUCAUUACAAGUAAAUUCUGAAUUGAAUGAUAGGUACACUUGUGCAUCUAAUUAAAACACAAUAAUAGAUCAAGAAACUGUUGAUGUAUCUGAUGUUGAAAAUUAUCAUGCAUUAGAAAUCAAGAGUUUGGAUUAUCUGUUUGUAUGCAAAAAAUCUUCUAAGUGUCUUUACUUAGUAUCAUGUAUCGAUAGCUAUGAAAAAUAUUAUCUGAAUUCAGAUAAAGAUAUUUCGGAUUUCGUUCUUGCUUAUUUUGCACAUUCAUAUUAUCUAAUAAUUAUUCAAAAUAAUGAGAUAAUUUAAUUUUUCAAAAUUGAUUGCCAAUAUCAAUUUUCUUUGGCAACUGAACUCAAAAUUGAAGGAUUACAAUUACCUAAAUUAUAUUGCUCACAAUACAUAGGUGCAAUAUUAAUUGAUAAUACAUAAAUAUAUCUAAUUCAAUUAGACAAUAAAAUAAUCAAAUCAUAACUGAAAUAAACAGCUAAAUAAGUGAUUGCUACAAAAUGCUUAAAAUACAUAUUUAUACUUACUUAAGAUUCCAAAUUGUAAGUCCUCAAUUCAAAAACAUUAUAAAUCAUCAAUGAACAUAAUCUUAAAUAUACAGAAUCAGAACCCUUGAAAUUUUAAUUGUUUGAGCACAACAAUCAAAUUGCACUCUUCACAAUCACAUUAGAAAAAAGGAUUAUAUUUUGGACUUUCGAAAAGGAAGACUUACAUACUUCAAGUCUUUUGCCAAAUGAAUCUGUCAAAUUUAAAUUUAGUUCAAGGUACUUUAUAUUAAAUCUAUUUAAAGCAGAUAAGAAGUAGAAUUAAUUGAUUUUCAAAUUGAUUCUACCCAAAACUUCCUUUUCAUUCUAUAUCAGACAUAAGAAAUGGCAGUACAGAUUUAUGUGGCUCAAUUGAAUCAAUCUCAAGUAAUUAAGUUAAUUAUCAUUCGACUUAGAUAUAGAAGAAAGAAUAGAGCAAAAUUAAACAUAUCAAAAAGUUUGUUAAGGAAAGAUCAACAUCCUCAUUCUUUAUAUAAUUCAUAAUACCACCUGAAUAAACCACUAAGUUCUUACAUGGAGGAAAUAAAUGCUAAUCAGAAAAAGAAUAUUUAGAAUUUUAAUAAGGAUUUAAGGAUUUCUAAAAUCAAGUCUUAGAAUUCACAGAUCAUGAAUUGCCCUAUAUUUUUGGAUUAUAAUCUGAAAAGAGGGACAAAAUUGAAUUGUGUUGGUUUUAUAGUGAUCUUGUGCUUGGUGCAGUAUUACCCGAGAAUUUACUUUAGUUAUAUGACUAAAAUACUUCAAAAAAGCAAGGCUCGAGUAUUAUUCAAUAAUCUCAAUUAAUUCCACCUCCCUAUAUUAAAGAAGAAGAUACACAGUAAUUAUAAAAGUAAUAAUAAUGGGAAAAUAAUAACAAAUAGAAUGAUGCUAGUGAAAUUGACCCAUUGAUUAAGGCAAAUUAAAUUAUUGAAAAUGAACUCAUUCCAAAAGUUUAAUAGUGUUAACAAUAACAGUAAUUCUAAAUGAUAAGCAAUGAUGUGAAGAAGGAUCUAAUUGAAGACAUUACAUUCAUUUUUGAUAUCAAGGAUUUGAUCGAAAGCCAAGUAAAGAAGGAAAUAGAUAAGCAAGGGUAAAAUGAUUAAUAAGCAUUACUAAAAUUAGAAUAACAAUUUAAAUAAGAUUUAUGCUAAUUAGAGACUAGAAUGGAAGAAAUAGUUACCCAAAAUCUGGAACUAUAUCAAUAGACAUGUGAAAAUUUUUUGAUGGAUAAUUUUAAUUAGGCAUAUUUCGAGUAAUUGAUAGAUGAAAGAAUAGGCAGUCAUCUUAAAUUGUUGGCUAAUCAAUAAAUAUCACAACCUGAAGUAAAUAUUACAUUUACUUUAUAAGUGUACACAAUUGGUCUAAAAUUCAACUAAUGAUUAUCUAAAGGAACAAAUUGGACAACUUUACUAAGUAGAAUUAGCAAAGAUGUCCCAAGGAGUAGUGUUGAUAUUUGAAAAGGUAAUUCAAUACUUCAAUGAUAUGUAAUACAUAGACCAAACUAAAUUGGUAAAUUUUAAUGCGUUCAUUGACAGUUCUACUCAAUAACUUCAAACUUUGAGUAAAAACAUUGCCUAACUGGCUGAAAAUAAUAGGCCAGGACAAGAUGCUCUGUAGAAAUUAGAUUAACUGAUCUAAUAAACUGAGUUUAUGGCAAAAUAAUAUGAGGAUGCAAAGAAAGGUCUCAAGCUAGCAGAAUUUUAGUAAUAGCACCCUUAAUAAUAAUAAAAUGUUUAAUCAGAAGAUAGAUUGUAGAAGAUUGAGGAACAUAUUGUGAAAUUAAGAAAUGAUUUAUAAGUGUUAACUUAAAAUUAAUAAGUGUAAAUACAGCCUGUAACAGGAAUGGAUUAAUUCAUUAAAGGGAUGGCUGCUUAAUUAACGUAAUUGUAGAUCAAAUUGACAACUCCUUAAAUGAACAUUUAAUCAAUCUAAGAAAUCUUGAACUAAUUGAUAUUACAAUUUCAAUAUUUUAUACUUAAAUUUGGAUCAUGA